CAUGUCAGAACAAAAAAUGGCCUUUAAAAGGGACGACCGGGACUGCCUGAAAACCCUGAUUGAAUUGAGUGCAGAGCUUCAUUGAUCUAACAAAGAAAGGCCCUGGCAAGGGACCAAAAUCAGCUUGGCGGGGGCCUUUUUACAGCCUUCCUUUUGUCAUUCAUCAACAACAACGACGACCUUUGGAGGACUGGCAAAGCGUACAAUAUCCUCCUCGUCUUGCUCCUCCUUCCCUUAGUCUGGAAAGUCCCAUCUCCCUCGAUUUUGUCAAUAAAGUUGGAUGGAUUCCGUUUCAAUCAGAAAGGAUUUGUGUCAAUCCGCUAUUCGUUGUUGAGCAAGUUCACCUUCGGUCCCUGGAGGCUUCUUCUUCAUCAAGGAUGCCAACCUCGGGCACGUGGAAACUGCCUUUCAAAGGCAAAUUUAGUGCUUAUGAUGCUGCAUCUGCGUGUCGAGUGGUGCCCCCGUUCUCAGUCCAAAGUCUGCAGAGAAACACCGUAGUUUACGAUCCGCCCAGAUGUUUUUCCACCAAAGAUAGACUUGCCAAUCCGAUACAACAUCCACCACCGGUCAAAUUUGAACCAUCCUUCCAGACAAUAACCCAGUUCAAAAUUGAUGAGGACAGCAACAACAACAACAAUAACAACAACUUACAGCCUUAUCACCAAAUAGCAGUCAGAUACAAAAAGAGCCACAGCAAGUCGAAGGCUCACGAACCAACGGCUUUUCGAAGAGCUUACACAAGAGGCGAUUUUCCUCUAGUACUAACCCACACUGCACGUGGAUGUAAGCUUUCGUGGAAGGUUCCAGUGGAGUCCUUGGACUAUUACUAUUACCUUCCGCUUCUAUUUGACGGCCUUCGUGAGACCCAACAUCCGUAUGUGUUCCUCUCAGUGAGUGGUAUCGAAGAUCUUUUAGCCAAAGGUGGUUCCAAGAAAAUCCUCCCAGUUGUGCCUCAACUCAUCAUUCCCAUCAAGGCUGCCUUGAAUACACGUAAUGUGCCCAUUAUGUGUCGAACCUUCAAGUCUCUGCAACUCUUGGUGAAGUCUGGUGAAUAUAUCGGACAGGCCCUGGUUCCCUACUACAGACAACUUCUCCCAAUAUUCAAUUUGUUCAAGAAUAAAAACCUGAACAGCGGAGAUGGGAUUGACUAUCAUCAGCGGUUCCACGAAAAUAUUGGAGACCUCAUUCAAGAGACAUUGGAGAUCUUGGAGAAGCGAGGCGGCCCCGAUGCGUUCAUCAAUAUCAAAUACAUGAUCCCGACUUAUGAGUCAUGCAUCAUCAAGAAAGUCAACUAAGUGAGGAACUUGUACCACGUCGUAAACACCCUCAAGGAAUGAGUAAUUUAUUCAUGAGCAAAAAUAUAUCACAUCCGAGAAAUGA